AUGGUCAUAGCUUUAGUGGAUUUCGGUACGGGGGUCAAAAUAAAUCGGUUGGAAGUCCCGGAAGUGAUAAAGCACGGUGACCCGGUAACAUUAGACUGUGAUUUUACAUUAGAAGAUAAUGACCAAGACUUGGUGGUGAAGUGGUUUUUUAAUAAGACGUUGGUAUACCAAUGGAUUCCAGGUACAAAGAAACGACCCCAAGGCUUGGGAAUUCUCAAGGACCGCCUGAAUUUAGAGUAUGCAGCAAGUGUAGACGCAAACAGCAGACACAGGGCGUUACACAUUUGGAAGGCCGGACCUGACCUCUCUGGAGAUUACACUUGCUCCGUAUCCACGUUGCAAAGUGAAGACAUCGAGACUAAGAGCAUGUUGGUAUUAGAUGUAGAAAAAGAACAGAGUCAAACAGUAUGUUUGAAAGAACAAGAGAACAAACCUGUGGAUGACACUUAUCAUGAAGCUCAAGAAGUAACUCCCGCAGAGAACAAAUCAGAUAAAGAUAAUAUCCUAUCUUUGAUACAACUUACAGAUAAGAUUAUUUUACAACAAGAAAAUUUAAAAGAGCUUUAA